AUGGUGGCGAAGCAGUCCAGCAUCAUCAACAACUGCUGCGAGAACAGCUCUGAACGUAUCGCGGCGUACCGUUUAAUAAACAACAAAAAGCUAACUAUGGAGGAAAUAGUCAGUAGCCUGGCAAAAGAUUGCGCACAGGGGUGUUCCGGUCUCUCGCAUGUGCUCUGCAUUCAGGACACGACAGAGGUCGUGUUCAGCCAUACAGGCCGCCUGUCCCUUGAGGACAAAGACUUUGGCUAUGGCACGAGUGAAUACAAUCAGUAUAGCAUCUUCGCCCAUCCGUGUAUGGUGGUGGAAGCCAGCAGCCGGAUGCCCGUCGGCUUCAGCCACAUGAGGGUGUGGAGCCGCGACCGUGCGCAGGAAAGGAAUAAGAAGCGACAGCGCGGUUCGCUGAAAUUGGAGCGGAAAGAGUCCUUCCGCUGGGCCGAGGCCGCCUUGAAGAGUGCCGCCGUGCUUCCCAAGGAGGUUCGCAAGACGAUGGUGGGAGACAGGGAGAGCGACAUCUAUUCGGUCAUGUGUAUGACCCUCGCCGCCGGCUGCGACUUUCUGAUCCGCUCCGUCCAUGACCGUCCUGUGGACUGCGACAUGGAGGACGGGCGCAUGGGGAUAAAGGAGUACAUGGAAAGCCUCCCCGUGUCCCACACCUAUGAUCUUCACCUUCGCGGCCACAAGGGCAGGAAGGCGCGCACGGCAAGGAUGAGGCUCCGCUUUGCCGAGGUCACCAUACACAAGGGGAACAAAUGCCUUGAAGAUGUGCCGGAGAGCCUGACCUGCUAUUGCGUCUAUGCAGUGGAAGACCCCUCUACCGUCCCUGACGGCGAAGAACCGAUAGAAUGGCGGUUGUUGACCUCGCACGUGGUGGAUGCGGUGGAACAGGCUGAAGAGUGCGUGGAAUGGUACAAGUGCCGCUGGUUCGUCGAGGAACUCUUCAGGGUAUGCAAGUCCGAGGGCUUCCGCAUUGAGUCGGUGCAGCUGGAGAGCGGCGCGGCGGUGAAGAAGCUGAUAGUGCUGACCAUGCAUGCGGCACUCCGUUGCGUGACCCUGAAACGAGCCUAUGACGAACAUGACGAAAGCGUCCCCGCAAACCGAAUGUUUGAUGAGCAGGAGAUGGAACUUUUUGAAUUGGAGAUGGAAUAUAUUCACCGCAAAUCUCCAAAGGCUUUGGAUGGAAGGAACCCGUUCCGCGAGAACUCGCUGCCGUGGGCGGCAUGGAUUAUCGCACGACUUGGAGGUUGGAGCGGCUAUGUCAAAGCACAUGGCAAGCCUGGGUACAUCACUAUGAAGAAGGGACUCGACAGGUUUAACCAACACCUUGAAGUCAUAGCUUUCGCAAGGGUCAGAGAUGUGUAUAAAGAGUAG